GUCCGGAGUUGCGCGAAUUUUCAUGGGUUCCGGAAGAAACGUAUCAAUUUUCGGGGGUUUAACGCGAUUUAUAUUGUCAAUUGUACGCGGUGUCGCCUCGUAGUGUCGCGCGGCAUCAUAAAUUGGCGGGAGGGCGCGAUGGUAAUUUUUCGCGCCGUGCCGGCUUUCGCGUGAAAUCGCGCGACACGACUCCUCCAUGUAACCCGCUGUAACCACGUGCUUUGAAUAUAUCCUGUCGGCCGUUACAGCCGACUCGCUCUCGCGCGCGCGGAGGUGUCCUUUCCGCGACGUCCUUUCGUCCGCGUCCGACGUAUUUUCGAUUUCGCGGAUUCACCUCUCGGGACGACGAUUAAGAUCGUCGUCUGUACACGAAAUACGCAAUUAUUUUGCGCAGCGAGCCCGAAAGGCCGACCCGUGAACGUUUCGUCGCGUCGAAUAAAGAAAGGCAUGCCGGAAUGAUCGAGUUCGUGGACGGCUGGUUUUUUGGCCACACUUUGGGCGAAGGAGCCUAUGGCGAGGUCAGAUUGGUCAUAAACAAAUCUACAGGCGAAGUUGUUGCUAUGAAAAUGAUUGACAUAGAGAAACAUCCAGAUGCAAGUCAGACAGUUCGCAAGGAAACUGCUAUUCAUCGUAUGAUGUCAAAUCCUAAUAUUAUACAGUAUUUUGGAAAGCGCAGCGAGCCUAACAUGGAAUAUAUAUUUUUGCAGUAUGCUUCAGGUGGAGAGUUAUUUGACAGGAUUGAACCUGAUAUCGGUAUGCCAAUAUGGGAAGCACAGAAGUAUUUUAGACAAUUAAUUUCUGGAGUAGAAUAUCUACAUUCCCGAGGAGUUGCACAUAGAGAUCUUAAGCCAGAGAAUCUACUUUUAGAUGAUAAUGAUAAUUUAAAGAUAAGUGACUUUGGAUUAGCAACAAUAUUUCGUAUGCAAGGGAAAGAACGUUUAUUGGAAAAAAAAUGUGGAACAUUACCUUAUGUCGCACCAGAGGUAUUAGUACGACCGUAUCAUGCAGAACCUGCGGAUGUAUGGUCUUGUGGCAUUAUUCUUGUGGCUUUACUAGCUGGAGAACUGCCGUGGGAUCAACCCUUGGCAGAGUGUCCCGAAUAUGUUGCAUGGAAAGAACGGAAAUAUAUGUCUCUCACACCAUGGAAAAAACUGGACAAUUCGUCAUUAUCAUUAAUCAGAAAAAUCCUUGUGGAUUCGCCUUCUGCGAGAUACAAAAUAUCAGACAUUAAACAACAUAGAUGGUUUGUUACAAGCUUUGUUAAAGGUGAUGAAGUAGAUGCACGAAAUCACUUGAAUCAAGCAUCUACAGAGGAUGAAAGUUUAAGAAAUGUUUGUUUGUCACAACCUGAAUUCCCUCGAACGGAUAAUGGUAAUACAAUUCAAUUUAAUUUAGAUGAGCGCCCAGUGUUUUCAUUUUCUCAACCUGCUCAUAUGGAAGAUCUUUUAUUAUGUACACAAUUACAAGCACUUACACAACCCAGUCAGCAAAAUUCUUUCCAAAGAUUAGUCCGCCGAAUGACUAGAUUCUUUGUUAAGAUAGAAUGCGAGCAUAUUGCAAAGAGACUAAUAAGAUAUUGCGAGAAGGAAAAUUAUGUUUAUCGUGUUAAUGAGUUUAAUGUGCUCACAAUUUCAACGACAGAUCGACGAAAAAUGCCACUCGUCUUUAAAGCUAAUUUUAUAGAAAUGGAUGGAAAUGUAUUGGUCGAUUUCCGCUUGUCUAAAGGAUGUGGUUUGGAAUUUAAAAGAACAUUCAUUAAAAUUAGAUACGCAAUGGAAGACGUUAUUCUGAAGAGCUCUAUGGCAUGUGCGAAGAGUCAAUAGCAGUGACAGAUACAUAAUAAAUAUAGGAUCAUGUAAUAAAUAUUUUGUAUUUUGUUUCAUAUAUUUUUAUAAUAAAAUUUUUCAGUCUU